UACAAACCCUAGCAAGCUAGAGAGAGAGAGAGAUGGGGCCAUUGUCCCACCACAACUUGAAUUGAAAACCAUUUCAUUAAUGCAACAACACGAUCCGUUUCCACCGCUACAUAUCUCCAUCUCUCUCUCUCUACAAACCCCUAAAAAAUGGAAGAUCAAUAUGAGAUGGGAGAUCUACGCCAGUACAUCGACGGCGCCGGCCGGCCUCUCUUUCCGGCCAUUUCUCAGCCGCCGGACUUGCUCUCCUGCCACCGCCCCUCCUCCUAUCCCUACGACAUGCUCAUCUUCCGGCCGCCGCCGGAUGCGGGUGCCGCAGCACCCUCAGCUGCUGCGGCCGGCUUCGACAGCGGAGCUGGGCGGUGGCCGAGGCAGGAGACGCUGACGCUCCUUGAGAUCAGAUCAAGACUUGAUCCUAAGUUCAAAGAGGCCAAUCAGAAAAUCCCCUUGUGGGAUGAGGUCUCUAGGAUUAUGUCGCAAGAGUAUGGAUACCAAAGGAGCGGCAAGAAAUGCAGAGAAAAAUUCGAGAAUCUCUACAAAUACUACAAGAAGACCAAAGACGGCAAAGCCGGCCGCCAAGACGGCAAACACUACCGUUUCUUUCGACAGCUCGAAGCCCUCUACGGCGACGCCAAUUCCUCAUCAACCAAUUAUCCCUACAAUAAUCAAGAACCCUACUAUCCGUUAUCGAAGGAUUCAUGCGAUUGCGACACCACCUCUUCCCACUGCACUGAUUCCAACGCCGCCGAGGCCGCAUUGGAAGAAGAGGAUGCGAUGAUGGGGAAGAGGAGGGGGAAGAUGAGGCGUUUGAAGGCUUCAAUCGAGGAGAAGAUGAGGGCGAUAGCGGAGAAGCAGGACGCGUGGAUGGAGAAGAUGACGAGGGCGAUUGAGGGGAAGGAGGAGGAGCGGAUGAUGAGGGAGGAUCAGUGGCGGCGGCAGGAUGCUGCGAGGAUUGACGGUGAGCACAAGAUGUGGGAGGCCGAGAAGGCGUGGAUUGAGGCGCGGGAUGCAGCGCUCAUGGAGGCGUUCAAUGGCCUUUUCGAGAGGGGGCUCGAGCCCCCUUGGCCUCAACCUCCUCCUCCGCCUCCGCCUUUUCAGCUGAAUGGCGGCGGCUCGGCUGCGAAUGAUGGCCUGUUUAGGUACUUGAUUGGAGAUUCGUAUCAGAGAUUGUGAAGGAGAUGAGGAGGAAUGGAUGGAUGAAUUUGUGAUCAAUGUGUUUAUGUGAAUGUGUUUCUUAAUUGUUGUUUGGUUGUACCAUUAGCUUUGUUGGAGGUACUUUUAUGAAUUGUAAGACUUGUAAUUGUAACCUAAUGCUGCAAUAACUUGAUUACUAGUAUUAUGUGACUGGCAAAAUUAUGCGAGUGAUUGGAUAUAUGAUUUUAUUACAUUCUA